GUGAACACUGUCUCUCUGAGGAAACUCCACCUUGUCACUCUCAUCAUUAUUUCUCCAUGUUUUCAGUCAAGGCUGAGUAAUGGAACCUGAAGCCGUCAAGACGAUAAAGAUGGCAGCGCUCGGUCGGCCUUUCAGCCUCGGGAUGCUGUACGACUGUCGCCAAGACUCACUGAUCCCUGGCAUGACAUUGUGGGACCCUGAUUCCCUGAAGAAGGAUGCACGAGAAAGACCCCAACCCAACAGUGAAUUUGAGAUAGUUGCAUCUGAAUCCACUGAGGACAAAUCUUCAGCAUUAAAUGUCCAGGCAUCCCUGAAGGCAAGUUUCUUGGCUGGACUGGUAGAGGUUGAGGGGUCUGCCAAAUACCUAAAUGACUGCAAGAUUUCCAAAAAUCAGGCCAGAGUGACUCUCAAAUACAAAACUACAACCAAAUACCAGGAGCUGUCAAUGAGACAUCUUGGAAGAGACAAUGUGAAGCAUCCGUAUGUUUUUGAUAAAGGAAUAGCAACACAUGUAGUCAAAGGUAUCCUUUAUGGGGCACAAGCCUUCUUUGUAUUUGACCGUGAGGUGUCUGAAAAGGAGGAUCAUAAAGACAUUGAGGGCAGUCUGAAGGUGAUGAUUCAGCAGAUUCCGGGCCUUGUACUGCAAGGUCAAGAUUCCCUGCAACUGACAGAAACAGAUACUGCAAAUGUUCAAAACUUCUCCUGCAAAUUCCACGGUGACUUUAACCUUCAGAGGCAUCCUGUGUCCUUUCAGGAUGCAAUUGAAGUCUACCAGAGUCUACCAACAUUACUGGGAGCAAAUGGAGAAAAUGCCGUGCCAGUGAAGGUCUGGCUGAUGCCCCUGAAAAUUUUAGAUUCUGCUGCAGCUCAACUUGUCCGUCAGAUAAGUAUUAGAUUAGUGAUGGAGGCACAGAGCAUCCUGGAGGACUUGAGUGAGCUGGAAAUGAGGUGCAAUGAUGCAAUGAAAAACAGCACAACCCAACAAUUCCCACAGAUUGGGAAAAAGCUGAAAGCUUUUCGAGAACUAUGCUCUGAGAACAAGCUGGAAUUCCAGAGGACCCUGGCAAGGAAACUUCCAUCAAUCCGGGGAGGAGGGGAAGAGGAGGCUGUGCUUGCAGAGAUGUUGAAAAUGAGACAUUCUUCUCCAUUCAAUAGCAAAAAUCUGAAUGUGGCAGAAAACAUCCGGAUGCUGGUAACAUUCGCAGAUGGUCAGAGGCCACCGGUUCUUGAAGCAAUUAAUGUCUCUGGAGUCCCAUGGCCUAAAACAGAUGCAGGACUUCCUGUUCACUUCAAAUUCAACAAUUCAGCUCUGUUUGCAGACAACACAUCCAUCAAUGACAAAUCAGGUAACGCAGAUUCAGAUGAAGACAUGGAUGAUGAUAACUUUGAUGAAAUGUUUUGGAACAUGGGUGCCAAAAGCAUGAAAAACUUUUUCACUGCUUUAGACCGAAUAACAACCAAAAGCUUGCAGAUGACCAAAGAAGUUCUUAAAGAGCGCAAGCAGCUUGAAACAGCCAUUGAAGAAUUGCAGCAGCCACUUAAAUGUGGAUUUGUUACACUCCAACAACUAAGGAUGAUUAAUCAGAAACUUAAAGAACAUAAAGAGAUGUCAGUGCGCUCCAUCGCUCGGCUCAAAGAGAUCGCCCUGAGGCCCAACCCACUGAGCAGUCCAGAAUACAUUGACUUGCUCAUUGAAGGAGAAAAGUCAGAGGCCAAAGAGGGUUACCUGGCCCGAAUUCAGUCUCUGGAGGCAAUGAGAAAAAGAGCAACAAUCAUAUCUUAA